AUGGUGACCCUGAGUGAAGUUCUCAUCAUCUUUGUGUUUUGUCUUCUUACAGUGCAGUUUCUGAAGUUGCAGUGGGCACGCAAGCCACUUCCUCCUGGACCAGUGCCAAUUCCCUUCAUUGGAAAUUUCUUGCAGGUAUCUUUAAAGAUUGAUCGCAAUAUCCUUGACAAGCUCGCAAAAACCUAUGGCAACAUCUACACUGUGUGGUUGGGACACAAACCUGUAGUGAUGCUUCAUGGAUUCCAAGCUGUGAAGGAUGGUCUCACUACUCAUGCAGAUGAUGUUGCUGGGCGGCUGGAGACCCCUUCCUUUCAGCGAAUGGCAAAUGGAAAGGGUAUUAUUUUCACAAAUGGUGUCAUCUGGAAACAUGAGAGACGUUUUGGGAUUGCAACCCUACGGAAGCUAGGAAUGGGAAAUAAAGAGAUGGAGCGUGGCAUACAAGUGGAGGCACGUCACCUGAUAGAGUUCUUUCAGAGCACAGAUGGAAAAGCUGUGGACCCUGCUUAUCCCGUUGUUCUUGCUGUCUUUAAUGUGAUCUGCGCUGUGGUUUUCGGACAUCGCUUCUCCCUAGAGGAUGAAACUUUUCAGAAGUUGGCCAAAGCACUUCAUUUUUUGAUGGAUUUUGCAAAUAGCACUUCUCAGAUACUCUAUGACAUUUUCCCAUGGCUUAUGCGACACCUUCCAGGGCCUCAACAAAAGGUGUUUGUUCUCUGUGAUUUUUUCCGUGCUUUCAUAAGAAAAGAGAUCAGAAUCCACAAGGAGAGAGACAAAAUAGAUGACCCAGAAGAUUUCAUUGAUUACUACCUGUCUCAGAUUGCUAAAGCUAAAAACAAUGCGACGUAUAAAUACGAUGAAGACAAUAUGGUGCAGUCUGUUUUUGACCUCUUCCUGGGUGGCACAGAGACCACUGCUACCACUCUGCGCUGGGCUCUGCUCUGUAUGGUAGCCUAUCCUGACGUCCAAGAGAAGGUGCAGCAGGAACUGGAUGCUGCUCUGGGGCUCCGUAUAUGUUUGGGUGAGCAGUUGGCAAGAAUGGAGCUCUUCAUCGUCUUCUGCAGCCUGUUGCAGGCAUUCAGGUUCACCCUGCCUGAUGGAAGUAGUUGUAGGGGCGUUGAAAUGCCGACAAUAAGUAUAAUUCUCCUAUCCCUGCUUUUGUUUCUUCUGGGUGUGCAGUUCCUGAGCCUACAGUGGAAAAGUCGUCGAUUUCCUCCUGGACCGACCCCAUUUCCCAUCAUUGGAAGCCUGUGGUGGAUAAAGUUUAGAGCUGAUCAUGAAAGUCUGAGUAAGCUGGCAAAAAUGUAUGGCAACAUCAGCACGGUGUGGCUGGGUCACAAACCUUUUGUGGUACUGCAUGGAUUCCAGGCUGUGAAGGACGGUCUGACCACUCACUCAGAAGAUGUUUCUGGACGACUAGAGUCUUAUGUCUUAAAGCGAAUGGCAAAUGGAAAGGGUAUCCUUCUCUCAAAUGGGCUCAUCUGGAAAAAUCAGAGACGUUUUGGAAUUGGGACUCUCCGAAAGCUGGGAAUGGGGAAUAAAGGAAUGGAACGUGGAAUACAAACAGAAGCUCAUUAUCUAGUUAAAUUCUUUAGGGACACAAAUGGAAAAGCUGUUGACCCUUCCUACCCGAUUGUUCAUGCUGUCUCUAAUGUGAUCUGUGCUGUGGUUUUUGGACAUCGAUUCUCCCUAGAAGAUAAAACCUUCUGCGAGCUGAUUGAAGCAUACAAUUAUAUAGUAGCUUUUGGGAAUAGUUACCUUUACGUUCUAUGCGAAAUUUUUCCCUGGCUUUUGAAGUACCUCCCAGGACCCCACCUAAAAGCAUCAUCUUACUGUGAUUUUGUCCAUUCCUUCAUAAGGAAAGAGAUAGAAAGCCACAGAGAAAGAGGCAUAAUAGAUGAGCCACAAGAUUUCAUUGACUUUUAUCUGGAUCAGAUGGUGAAAAAUGAAAAUGUCCCCAAUUCUACAUUUGAUGAAGACAACAUGGUGCAGUCUGUUUUUGACCUCUUUUUGGCAGGGUCAGAGACCACUGCCACCAGUCUAAGAUGGGCCCUGCUCUUUAUGGUGGUUUAUCCUGACAUCCAAGAAAAAGUCCAGAAAGAGCUGGAUGCUGUGCUGGAUCCCUCCCAUCUAAUCUGCUAUGAAGAUUGGAAGAAUCUGCCUUAUACAAAUGCUGUGAUUCAUGAGAUCAUGCGCUAUGGUAGCAUUGUUUUAAUCACAAUUCCUAGACAAGCAGUGAAGAAUACAACUAUGUUGGGGUAUCAGAUUCCAAAGGGUACAGUCAUUGUGCCAAACCUAGACUCAGCUCUUUUCGACCCUAAAUACUGGGAAACCCCUCAUGAGUUUAACCCCAGUCACUUCUUGGACAAGAAUGGAAAUUUUGUGGCCAGAGAAGCCUUUUUAGCCUUUUCAGCAGGCCACCGUGUGUGUCUGGGAGAGGUGCUGGCCAGGAUGGAGCUUUUCAUCAUCUUCUGCAAUCUGUUGCAAACAUUCAAGCUCACCCUGCCAGAAGGAGUUAAGGAAGUCAACACACAGUUUGUCUUCGGGGCCACAAUGAAACCACAUCCAUAUAAGAUCUGUGCAGUUCUUCGCUAGGCUGCAACGUAUCACAGAUUUGGGGAGAGGCAUUUCCAGAGGCAAUGCAGUGGGAAUUAGCUGGGAGGCAGUUGAAGGGGGUGAAGAAAUACCCCUUUCU